UGCUGCUAGAAAUUACAAACGCAAUGGUGUCAGGGACAUAUCACAACAUCAAAUGAAGCACCUAUUGAUGGAAAAGAAAUAGGUAAUAAUAAAAGUAAGAUUUUGAUUUUGACCUCAAAAGAGAAAGGACAAGUGGAGCUACCAUAAUCGCUUCUCAUGGAUUUCUAAAGAUCUCUCAGAUUUCGAUUAUCCGAAUCUUUCGCCUUAAUUAUUUUCUUUUACUUUUCAUUCUUUUUCUUUUCUAUAUUUAUUCUCCCCCUUUCCCUUCUAACAAUAUAUAAAUAAAUAAAAUCCACCCAUUUUUCUCUCUACUUUCUCUUCUCACACCACCCACCUUUGUUCAACUUUUCACUUUCAUGGCCAUCACUGGUGAGAUUUUUCGGCAAAAGUUAAAGGAAUUGCUCGAGGAGUCUCCAUCUCGUUCGCCAGAGCUUCACGUUCUUGUCGUUGAUGACAACCUCGUUGAUCGCCAUGUCAUCGAACGUUUGCUCAAGGUUUCUUCCUGCAAAGUGCAGGUUGAGGAUGAUGGUGUGGGUCAGACGGAGUGGUUGUUGAGGAGAAUGGCUGCCCAGGCUAAGAGAAACAAGACGAAGGCUAUGAUGAUGGCCUCGUGGACAACUCGUGGAGAUCGCACUAGGGCUAUUUAUAAUGCAUAAAAGUAACAGAAUUUCAGUUCAAGCCCAGCAGAUAAUCGCUCAACGGUUUCGCUCUAAUCGCGCCACCGCUCAGCGGUCAAUCUCACCGCUCAGCGAUUUGUCUCUUAAUCGCUUGGACGCUAAGCAUCACCGCUUCAGCUAGAGGCAGAGACUACACCCUCGAGUCUGGCGCUCAACGUUGGAUUUUGAUGCUGAGCGGUGCAUUUUUUUCUUCUUUUCUUCCUUUUUCUCCUUCUUUCUUGAGUCUAAGUCCUUCCUACUUCACUUCCAUCUUCAAUUCUCAUCAAAACCCUGCAAAACAAGCAUAAUAUCUCUAAAAAAAACUUUUGACUCUCAUGUGACUCAACUAAGUGUUUUUACGUGAUUCUAAGCUCCUUCUAAGCCAAAAAGGGUGUGCUUUGAUAUCAAUUAGACCGUUAUCAGGAUGUGAUGGGCAUAGCCGAGAGAGUUCUCCAAUUAGGGUUCCCUUACGGUUUUUGAGUUAGGACAUUGGAUGAGAGGUUUCUACCUUGUGGAUUAGGCCUGAUGGAGGAGCCCAAAAUGUAAAAGCUCAACACGUUUUUUUUUAUUCUCUUUUUUUUCUUUUUUUUUCUUUUUUUUUUCUUUUCUGUUUUUUUUUAAAGACUA